AUGCACAGUUGGUGGAGCAUUACGAGAUACUUCUUUCCCGAGAGUUACAAGCACGAUGACGAACGCCGACAUGGCAACCGAAUCGACAUUGAUUCCGACAAGCGUUAUGCUCAACUAAAGACUAUCACCGACCGAGGCCUUCGACGCGCCGAUGAUAACCGAACGAAAUACACUCUAUUUGGGCACCAAUUUAUCCUGAGGGACCAGGUUCAACAGGCUGCUCAAUUUGUGCAGACUAUGAAAGGCAUUGUCGGUGAGGCUGUCAAGGCGUCUUCCGAGGCGUCCCUCGUCUGGGCCGGGAUAUGUGUCUUACUACCAGUCUUCACCAAUCCAAGUGCGGCAGAGGAAGCCAACCGUGACGGCUUGUCGUAUGUCGCCUCUCGUCUUCCAUACUACGUCCAACUUGAACGUCUUCUAUGGCCAGAAAACCUGCUCGAAAUAGGACCAAAGGCGGAGUUCCACGGCCAUAUCGUCGAUCUCUACCGACAUAUCCUUGAGUUUCAGAUCAAGACGGUCAUCCGAUUUUACCGGAAAUGGCUUGCUAACAUGAGUCGCGAUAUUAUUCAAUACGACGAUUGGAAAAGGAUGAUUUCCAAUAUACAAGAACGAGAGCAAAUCAUACGAGAAGAAUCAAACACUCUGAAUAGCAUUGCUUCGCGGAAUACCCUAGAAGCCAUCAGCAAAGUCGCACAGCAAAACUACAAUGACAUGCAGUCGCUUCUAUCGGUUGCAAAGGAUCAUCUCGAUGUUUCAAGGGAACACCGCGACAUUUCGGCAGAGCAGCUUCAGCUCCAGAUGUGCGUUCUCUUGUGCCUGAAUGCAGACAGUCUGCUGACGCAUAGUAGCGAAAUGUUCAACAGUCGCCCUCUCGACCUUUGCGUUGUCAACGAGGCGCGCUUCGACAGUGCGGAUGUGCAAGACAGGCCGAGAUGUGAGAACGGUACUCGGGUCCGCGUUCAGGAAUCGAUAUACAACUGGGCAAACGAUGACUCUGGCGAACCGUUCUUCUGGCUUGUGGGACCGGCGGGGACCGGCAAGUCUACCGUUGCACGGACGAUUACAGACUCUUGGGCUAAGCGGAAACAACUUGCUGCUGGUUACUUCUUCAAAAGAGGAGAAAAGGGCCGCAAUGACACCAGUCGGUUAUUCGCCACUAUUGCUGUGCAGUUGGCUGAUACGAUUCCCUGCUUUCAAGAGCUUCUUCGGCGCUCGAUCGACGGUAUGGACGUAGAUGCCAUCGGAGAAAGGGGCCUUAAGACGCAGUUUGAUAAGCUUAUCAUGAGUCCCCUCAUGGCUCUCGAAUCCGUCCAUAGCAGCCGAAAGCCUAUGGUUAUCGUCAUCGAUGCUUUAGAUGAAUGUGAGCGCCCUGAGCAUCUAUCACAGGUCAUAACACUACUGGACAAGCUUCGUGACAUCCGCACAGUACACUUGCGUGUUCUGUUCACGAGCAGGUUCGCAUCCGAGGCCAACGGGGCAUUUGAGCCCUUCAUCAGUCACAAAAAUGCUCGAAAGUUUGAGCUUCACCGCGAAUUCUGUGAAGAUGCCAAGUCCGACAUCCAGACCUUCCUGAUGGUCAAAUUCGCAGAAAUCAAAAAGAGGCGCAAGGUGCAGCAAGACCCGUGGCCUGCCGAUGAAGAUCUGGCUCGCAUGGUUCAACUAGCCACGACCCCUGAACCCCUCUUCAUCUACGCCGCUACUCUUUACCGUUUCGUCUUUGACGAGAAACGCCCAAGCAACCCGAAGAAACAGCUAAAGCUAUGGCUUAAGCAAUGCGAAGAGGGGAAGUCCCAGCUACAUCAGAUCUACGAUCCUAUUCUCCGCCAGAUACUUAGCGACGAGGAAGCAGACUCUGACCAGCAGCUGAAGUUCCUUGGGCUCUUGUUCUUCUUGCUACCCCGCUAUCUGCUGCCUCACUUACCGCUCUCCUGGUACAAGGAGACGAGAUUAACCAAGACUUGA